AUGACCCUCCUGGCUCACACCCUGGCACUGCUGGCAAUGACCGCGGCCACCGUGACCAUCACAGAGGUGCCCCUGGACAUGGCUCUGGACUCCUUCGAUGACCAGUACCGGGGCUGUACCCCUGCCAUGGCUUCGGCCUUGCCAGCCCUCUACAACUUCGAGUACCAGAAGAAUCCUCACUUUGCCUGGGGCUGGUAUCAUGCUGAUGCUGAGUGGCGCAAGCGGGGCUCUCCUGUUUUCCCUCUGGUGUCCCCAUGGCAGGCCGUGGCUCUCAUGGCCUACACAAUGAAGCACCUCUACAAGGAGUUCAACGCGGCCGUGCGUGUGGCUGGGAGUUCCCGUGAGGAAUACCAGAACAACUUCCACUUCAAAACGCUGCAUUUCCUGCUGACUGAUGCCGUGGUGACGCUGAAGCAUGUUAAGAAUGAGCAGUGUCACCACGUGUUCAGGGGUGUGCGUGACGUUCAAUUCAAGACGCAGCCUGGCCAGAGUGUCCGGUUUGGUCAAUUCACAUCGACGUCACUGAGCAAAGAGAUUGCCCAGAAAUACGGAAGAGACACCUUAUUUGUUGUUUACACGUGCCAUGGUGUGGACAUCCAGUUUUUUUCCUACGAUCCUAGGAACCGUGAGGUGCUGAUCCCUCCCUUUGAGACCUUCAAGGUCACCAAAGUCACUCAGAAUGGGAAGAAGACAAGGAUCAGUCUCCGCUCCACCGGGACCUACAGCAAACACAGCUGUGCAUGGCUGUGGGGUGAUGACACAGUGGUCAUACUGGGGCCAUGGGGAUACCCACUGUGGGACCAGCCACAGGGCCCCCUUCCACCUGGGAGUACUCUUCCUGGCCACCACAGCCCUGGAAGUGGCCACUGGAAUUCUCUGAGCCAUGAGGCCACCAAGGUCACUGAGGUCACUGUGGUCACUGUGGCAGCUGUGGUCACCACGAUCACCAAGACUCCCUGUAACAAGGCUACCACAGCCACUGUGACCACUGUGACCACCAAGGCCAUUGCUGUCCCACACUGGCCACUGUGGCCUCUCUUCUCCAUGGCUCACACCCUGGCACUGCUGGCAAUGACCGUGGCCACUGCAGCCAUCAUGGAAUUGCCCCUGGACAUAGCCCAGGACUCCUUUGAUGACCAGUACCUCAACUGUGGCCCUGCCAUGACUGAGGCCUUGCUGGCCCUCAAUAGCUUCGAGUUCCUGGGGCUCUGCAAUGGGCAGAAUUGA